AUGGUGUUCGGAGAAUCGAGACGCUAGUUUAUGAAACGGGGGAAAAGAGGCACAGACACGGACCCGCAUCUAAAGGAGAAUAUGAGCAAGGAGGACGCGUCAUGUCGACCCGUCUUGAAGUUCACCAUUGACAAUAUCCUCAACUCCAAGACGAGCAGCAGAAACUUUGACAGCUGUCAUUCAAAGGCAUCGCUCGUGGUGUGUCGGGAUGGCUGUCUUCAUCACCCCGGAGAGAGCGAGGAUCCAUGUAAAGAAGGGUCAGAUGCAAGAUUGCACGGCAUUGGUAAGAUAUUAUAAGCCUCAACAGAGGAGGGGGAUGCGAGUGUGGACGCGCUCAAAAGCUCGACAUGCGCAAGCGAGAGCGCGGACAGCUGCGACGACGCGCAGCAAAAGAACAACGGCAAGAAGAAUAAACUGAUGACGAAGAAGAAAACGCGCACUAUAUUUUCAAAAAGACAGAUCUUCCAACUGGAAUCUACAUUUGACAUGAAGCGCUAUCUGAGCAGCGCGGAGCGCGCGUGCCUGGCGAUCCUGCAGCUUACCGAGACUCAAGUCAAAAUCUGGUAGAAUCGACGGAAUAAAUUAAGCCAACUGUCUACUGAACUUGAAGGACCGAAUAGCGAGUUCCGGAAAUUGAGAAAGACGGUGCCGCUACCAGCUUUAUAUAAAGAGAUAAAUCUGCUCGGAAGGUGCAUGCUUCCAAUGCCUUUGCAGGUCGUGUAUCCUGGAGGUAGCGCGCCUUUUUAUUUCUCAAAUGCCAGCAAGUAUUUCAGCCUGUUCGAUGGAGAUAUAUGACUUAGUAAAGACCUCUCACAGGGGACAACGUUUUUCUUAGCUCUCAUAACAAAUUCGACGACACGCGACACAUGUCAAAUUUUAAUAAGCAUUAUCACAUUUUUGUGUGUUUUGCUGAGAACAUCGUUGAGCUAUCGGUCAGUAAAGAAGCUGGCUUGUAUUUCUAUGCAAAACUUAUUUUAUUUAUUAUGCUGUACAAAAUUUUAUAUAUAAAAACAACAACACCUAGCGUAUUAUACCCAGGCAACCCCGUCAUUCAGUGCAUCACAGUGAGCAGCCAUACUGGCAGAAAUGCCACUGCCAAUCAUCCCGUCUUCACAUGGCAGGAAGUUAUAACAGAUGUUUUGCUGUUUACAUUAAUAUUAUUUUUUAUUAUAAUUACAUAUCCGCUAAAGAUUUUCGAUGCAUGCAUUUGUAUUUUUAAAUGGCCAUCUAAUUUCAAAAUGAGCAAUUAAACCUAUUUAAGUGAAUGUAUUGGUUAUUUUACAUCUAAC